GGGAAAACAAAAAUCUUUGGUGCUUGGCGGCGUACUGAAGGUCUUGUUCAUAAUGGAUCAUGUGAUUGCUGGCAAGUUCAAACUGGGAAGGAAAAUUGGGAGUGGGUCUUUUGGAGAGCUUUAUUUAGGUGUUAACGUUCAAACUGGAGAGGAGGUGGCUGUUAAGCUGGAACCUGUGAAGAGCAGGCAUCCACAGCUGCAAUAUGAAUCAAAAUUAUAUAUGCUUCUUCAAGGAGGAACGGGGAUUCCUCACCUCAAGUGGUUUGGAGUUGAGGGAGACUACAAUGUUAUGGUUAUUGACCUUCUUGGGCCAAGCUUAGAAGAUCUGUUCAACUAUUGCAACCGGAAGUUCAGCUUAAAGACAGUGUUGAUGCUUGCUGAUCAAUUAAUUAACAGGGUUGAAUAUAUGCAUUCAAGAGGAUUUCUUCAUCGUGACAUAAAGCCUGACAAUUUUUUAAUGGGUCUAGGGCGCAAAGCUAACCAGGUUUACAUCAUUGAUUAUGGACUUGGAAAGAAGUAUAAGGAUCUCCAGACUCAUAAGCACAUACCAUACAGGAAAAACAAGAACCUGACUGGCACAGCUCGCUAUGCAAGUGUCAACACUCAUCUUGGAAUUGAACAAAGCAGAAGAGAUGAUCUGGAAUCUCUUGGUUAUGUGCUCAUGUACUUCUUAAGAGGAAGUCUUCCCUGGCAAGGUCUGAAGGCCGGCAAUAAAAAACAGAAGUAUGAUAAGAUUAGUGAGAAGAAAUCAUCAACUCCAAUAGAGGUAUUAUGACUAGUUGGAUUAGUAUGCUUACCAAUUUACUCGUUGAGAUGCUUUGGAG